AUGAUAAAAUGUGUAAGGGACAGAAAGCAAAGGAGGGUCCUUUUUUCCUGGUGUCAUAAGAGAAGCGUGUUUGUGCCAAGUGAGAGGGAUGUAGCAAAAUUAUCAGCGAAGAGCCUAGGCAAUUACGCAUUCGACAUUUUAAGAAUAUCGAACGAAAAUAAAGCGAUGUAUGAAAUGUUUAAAAAAAGAAUAAACGAUGAAAUAGGUUCAUUUGACGCAAAGGAUUGUUAUAGGGUGUUAAAAUCUUUGGAAAUAAACAACAAGCUGAAUGAAGAAGAAGAUAUGGUAAAGAACGUUUUGCAUCAAAUAUCUGUACAGACAUGCAAAUAUUCAGUAAAAGAGAUAUGUGACAUUUCUUUUUUAUGUUCCAAGUUAAAUUUGGUUUACAUUCCCCUGUAUGCAUCGUUAUCCCUAUCGUUUUUGAACAAAAUAAACUUGGCAACACCUGAACAUUUAUCCAUUUUAAGUUUAAGUUUUUGUAAAGUGCAAAUAAGAGACGUAAAUUUGUUUAACCGCAUAGCCACUGCAACGUUGAAUUUGCUACACAUGUUUGAUGUGGAGAGUUUGAUCAAUGUGUUGAUUUCGCUUGCCUACUUGGAUAUUAAAAAAGACAUGCUGUUGUACUCAUCUGUGGAGAUUUUUGUAAAAAAUCAAAACAAGUUGAAUGGUGAUCAGCUGGUAAAAAUUGCACACGUUUAUUCCAAGUUCGAUUUUGUAAAUAAAGACAUAAACUCCUUGCUUGUGGAAAAAUUCCCCGCUUUCCUUCCAUACUUAAACAAUGUGCAGCUAGCCGAGUUCACAAUUUCGUUAAACAGGCUAGGAGUUCACUCACACGUCACUGAUAAAUUUGUUACCAAUGUGAAUUUGUCCCACUUAGCAUUGCCCGUUGCCAUAAAAGUGAUCAAAAUAUUGUCCAGCGUAAAAUGCGUAAACCAUGUGAACAUCGAGUUUAAGUAUGACCAAAUUUUGUCCUGUGUGCAAAAUUUUCUGUGUAUACAUGGGAGAGAAAAUCACCUGAACGGCAAGGUAAAUUUUGACAUUUUGAACGAUUGUGAAAAAUAUCCCCAUUUAGCUAUCUACAGCACGAGUGACGGCACGAAUGAAGGUACCAAUGUUUUGCUUACCAAUGUGGUUAGUAACAAAAUGGUCGAACAGACCGCUGAUGGUGGCAACACAUCGAUAGAGCCAUUUCGACUAGGCCACCUUACGAGUGAGUACAAUCCCAUUCAUGAUGUGCAGAGCAGUUCCCAAUUUUACUUCCCAGUUUUUGAACGCAUUUUAAAUAAACCGAAUUCAUGUGCAAGCGAAAUGAAGAGCGGCGUUUUUUCUGAAGAGGAACUAACCCAACAUUAUCUGCGAUACAAUUGGAAGCAAAAAAUAAAUCCCAAUGCGGUGUGCCAUUUGAAUGUAGACCUAUUUGAAUGUCUGGUGAAUUUUCUUCUACAAAAUUGUGUAAGUGAGUAUGAAGACAAGUUCAAAUAUUUUUUAAAUUGCAUAAGUCGAGAAAUUAUUCUUUCAAAACAGUACUUAAAUUUCAAUUGCCUAAUAAAAAUUUUUUCCGCUUUAUUUAAAACGCCAAUCAUUUGGAACUUGUCCCUUUUAAAUUUGAGUUCCUUGAAUUCUGCCAAGGGGAGACAGAAGUGCCUAUUUUAUAUCAACGAGGAUACCGAUUUUUAUGAACAAUUAGUGCAGCGCUAUUUUGGUAUUUUCCACUCAUCUGAGAAUGCGGAUAAUCAUAGCUUGGUGCUAUGCUUUAUUGUGAAUCUGCUGAAUACUGAGGUGAAGAAUGUGCACAGGUGGUCAAUUGAGAAAUGCUUAGAGCAUUACGCGUUGAUAAGGAGCCAGGGUAAAGACGAACAGGUGGGCUACCCCAUAGAGGAUCAAAGUGUGUAUAUUUUUGUGGAGUACUUUCACAAGGGUAUCACCCUGUGGGGGGAAAGCAGGCACCGAUUCGAUGCAGCUGAAGAGGAAGAAGGCACUUCACCAGAGGACAACUCACCCUUGGUGUAUACCUUCCCCUACGCCAUGCAGGACCGUGUGCCAAAUAAAAUUCUGACUUUAGAAUUAUUUGGAAUUGUUCAAAAUUUUACGAAAAAUUUGAAGGUGAACUUUAAGGAGGGCGCGUACACAAUAUCGCUGUUCGAGUUUGACAACUAUGUAGCUUACUUGUUUUUGGAGCCGCAGGAUUUUUUCUACUCCCCCGGGCAAGGCGUCGAGUUGGACUUCUUGAGGGGAGUAAGUGUGCGGAAUGAACUCAGGGAAGAGGAGCAUGAGUCUGCUUCAUCUUGUGACAUGGAAAACGCGAGGGAGGUAGGUACCAACGCAGAUGGAAAUGUCCAGACAGAAAAAAAACAGCUUCUUCUAAUUUGCGACAUGUCCUACGACCCGUAUGAAAUUUUUCAGAACAAUAAUUAUUUUGUGAAGUCGGAGACAUUAGUAAAAAUAAAUUACUUGCUGAUUAAGGGCUACAGCAUAAUCGCCAUUCCGUUUUAUUCCUGGAGGUGCAUGAGUUAUGAGGAGAAGCUGGGCUCCAUUAGCGCGCUGCGGCAGAAGGUCCUGGACGGACAGGGUUGA